CCGCCUCCGAGGGAGAGGGCAGUUCCGCUUGUGCCGGAAGUGUUGGCGGAGGAGCGUCUUGCCGACUGGCGCUUCCGGUUCCGCUUACUAGAGGCCGCGCGUCUUUGGUUUGUCAAGCGGCAGCGGGAAGCGGAGCGAAGGAAGCCGAGAGGCUCGAAGCGGCAGAGAGAAGGGAAGAGAAAGGAAAACCGCCGCCAUGACGGUGGGCAAGAGCAGCAAGAUGCUUCAGCACAUCGACUACCGCAUGCGGUGCAUCCUGCAGGACGGGCGCGUCUUCAUCGGCACCUUCAAGGCCUUCGACAAGCACAUGAACCUCAUCCUCUGCGACUGCGACGAGUUCCGAAAGAUCAAGCCCAAGAACUCCAAGCAGCCAGAACGUGAGGAGAAACGAGUCUUGGGGCUGGUGUUGCUGCGAGGAGAGAAUCUGGUUUCCAUGACAGUUGAGGGGCCACCCCCAAAAGACACUGGCAUUGCUCGUGUGCCCCUGGCUGGAGCAGCAGGAGGACCUGGUGUUGGCAGAGCUGCCGGGAGAGGUGUACCCGCAGGAGCUCCCAUGCCCCAGGCACCUGCAGGCUUAGCUGGCCCUGUGCGGGGUGUUGGUGGACCAUCCCAACAGGUGAUGACCCCUCAGAGUCGAGGGACUGUUGCUGCGGCAGCAGCUGCUGCAACCGCCAGCAUUGCAGGAGCCCCCACUCAGUAUGCGCCAGGCCGUGGAGGCCCUCCUCCACCUAUGGGCAGGGGCACUCCGCCUCCAGGAAUGAUGGGACCCCCUCCUGGCAUGAGGCCCCCCAUGGGCCCCCCCAUGGGCAUGCCCCCAGGCCGAGGCUCACCAAUGGGCAUGCCACCUCCUGGAAUGAGGCCUCCUCCCCCCGGCAUGAGAGGUCCCCCUCCUCCUGGUAUGCGCCCACCUAGGCCCUGAGAUGAGCUGUGUGAAGGGAGCAGAAUGCCGGCAUCUGGAGUCUGUCUUGCGCGCCCUGAGGGGAACUCGGGGGAGGGACUGUGUAUGUUUUCUAUUUUGCGGGGGCGGGGGGGUUAUU